CAACCUCUGCAGUAGAGAUGAAUGAAUCCUUGUGUGUCUGUGCUGUUGGUCCUGAUACAUCUGCUGGGACAUCGGAGGGUGCACACUGUAUACAUCUCCUGUUGUCUUGUACUAAACAUGUUGUUAUUAUUAUCUGUUCUCUGUGUGACCUUCUGCAUCUCUGAGAUCCAGGAUACUGCAGCUCAAUGUCAUCUUACAAUGAAGAACUAUACAUUCGACUACAAAUAUUCUCAGGAAGGAGAUAUCAUUAUCGGAGGGAUCUUCACUGUACAUUCAUGGGUGAAACUGUGGAAGAAGAAAGGAAGAACUUUCUAUAACCGGAUGUGUAUAGGUGCUCACCCGAGAGAAUAUACACAUCUGAGGGCUUUUCUAUUUGCUAUGGAAGAAAUUAACAAUAGUUCAGAAAUCCUUCCCAAUGUCACCCUGGGAUAUCACAUAUAUGACUCUUGUGGAAAUGAGAAUAAAGUUAUAAAAGAUGUUCUGCAGAUACUGUCUGGACACACAGUGACAGCUCCAAACUAUUCCUGUAUGGAGAAUGAUGCAGUGGUCGGUUUUAUUGGGGAUUUACAGUCUGGUACUACUCUCCCUAUGGCCCAGCUGUUAAGCUUAUAUGGAUAUACACAGCUAUCACAAUAUAUAAAAGAAGAAAAAAUUUUUUUAAGUGAAAAUGAAGAUUGGAUAACACGACUAGAUAUUCAGAAUUGGGUAACAAGAGGAAAUAAAGGAAAAAUGUCUAAAAUGGUUGUCGGAAGAUUUGAUGCAUCUUUUCUUGAAGAUAAACAGCUGGAUAUUAAUCCCCAGAUAAUAACAUGGAGACAGAACUCAAUCCCUAAAGGUCGGUGCAGUGAGUCCUGUCUGCCAGGAACCCGAAAAGUUCUCAGAGAAGGAUAUUACAUCUGUUGCUAUGACUGUAUUCCAUGUCCAGAAGGGGAAUUUACAAUACAUUCAGAUAGUGAAAAUUGCCAGAGAUGUCCUAAAGAUGAAUGGCCGAAUGAGAGAAAGAAAAAUUGUGUUAUGAGAGAUUAUGAGUUUCUGUCAUAUGAAUCUGAUGUUCUUUCUUCAGUCUUCUCCAUCAUCUCCAUAUUAUUCUCUCUUAUAACUUUAUUUAUAAUCAGAAUAUUCACUUUAUUCUGGAAAUCUCCCAUUGUCAGAGCCAAUAACCAGAACCUAAGCUUCCUUCUCCUGACCUCUCUCAUGUUCAGCUUACUCUGUGUGUUUCUAUUCAUCGGUCGUCCAGUGGAUAUAACCUGCAUGCUGAGACAAAUCUUCUUUGGGAUCUUCUUCACAGUAGCCGUGUCUUCUGUCCUGGCCAAGACCAUCAUAGUCUGCAUAGCAUUCAAGGCCACCAGACCAGACAGCUACUGGAGAAAGUGUGUGGGGGUUAAGCUUUCUUAUUCUGUAGUGUUGGUCUGUUCAUCUCUUCAGAUCCUGAAUGCAGUUAUCUGGUUGUCAUUGUCUCCUCCAUAUCAAGAGUUUAACCUGGAUUAUCCUGGGAAGAUCAUAAUUCAGUGUAAUGAAGGGUCUGUCUUGGCCUUUUACCUCAUGUUGGGUUAUAUGGGGUUUCUGGCAGCUGUGAGUUUUGUUCUAGCUUUCAUGGUGAGGACAUUACCUGAUAUGUAUAAUGAAGCCAAGUAUAUCACCUUUAGCAUGCUGGUGUUCUGCAGUGUCUGGAUCGGUGCCAUCCCGGCCUAUCUGAGCAGUACAGGGAAACACAUGGUCAUUGUAGAGAUAUUUGCCAUAUUGGCCUCAGGUGGAGGAAUAUUGAUCUGCAUGUUUCUACCUAAAUGUUACAAUAUCCUGAUGGAGCCUGAAGUGAACAGUAAAGGACAUUUGUCCCAGAGACGUGUUAUGUGAAUAUUUCAUAGAUAUAAAUUUCUUAGAUUUUUGCAGUAAAUUUGAGUAGCCGUAUUAGUCCAGUGAUGCAGAUGCAAAUCAUAAAAUGUUUUUUGCAUA